CUUCACUUGAGACACUCUUGUAAUCCUUAGGUCAGAGAUCUCCAGAAAACUCGAAAAAAACAGUCUAAUCAGGGUUUUAGCGGAAGAAGAAUCAGGAGAGAAAAAGGGGGGAAAAGCAAAGCAAAUGACAACGCGAAUCGCUCCAGGAGUUGGAGCAAACUUGCUUGGUCAACACUCCGCCGAGAGGAACCAAGACGCCACUGCUUAUGUCGGCAAUCUCGAUCCUCAGGUAUCUGAGGAGUUAUUAUGGGAGUUAUUUGUUCAAGCUGGUCCUGUUGUUAAUGUUUAUGUGCCGAAAGAUAGAGUGACUAACUUGCAUCAAGGAUAUGGAUUUGUCGAAUUCCGAAGCGAAGAAGAUGCUGAUUAUGCUAUUAAGGUACUCAACAUGAUUAAGCUUUAUGGCAAGCCCAUACGUGUAAAUAAGGCGUCUCAAGAUAAAAAGAGCUUAGAUGUUGGAGCAAACCUUUUCAUAGGGAACCUUGACCCUGAUGUGGAAGAGAAACUUUUGUACGAUACUUUUAGUGCAUUUGGAGUCAUUGUUACAAAUCCCAAGAUAAUGAGAGAUCCUGAGACUGGAAAUUCACGCGGUUUUGGAUUCAUCAGCUAUGAUUCAUUUGAGGCAUCUGAUGCUGCUAUUGAGGCAAUGAACGGCCAAUACCUCUGCAACCGUCAAAUAACAGUUUCUUACGCAUAUAAGAAAGACACCAAAGGGGAGCGUCAUGGCACCCCAGCAGAGAGGGUUUUGGCAGCAAGCAAUCCAAGUUCCCAGAAGAGCAGGCCCCAUACUUUGUUUGCGAGUGGACCUCCAACACUUCCUUCUGGUCCCCAGGCCAAUGGUGGUAUAGGAGCACCGGUGCCGCCACGACCUUUUCCAAAUGGCACUGUUCCUCCUGGCUCUAUGCCAGUAGCACGGCCUCCACCCCCUCAAAAUGUUCCCUACCCACAAAUGCAGCUUGCCGGACAGUCACCUUGGCAGGGUCAGCCACAGCAUCUUGGACAACAAAUUCCACCUCCAGUCAUGCCUCCUCCUCCAAUGCAGUACAGACCACCUAUGCCAAACAUGCCACCACCCCCACCCCCACAAUCAGUAUCUGGUCUUUCAAGGCCUCCGCCACCAAUGGGAAUGGGAGCACCACAUGGUUGGCCGCAACAGCAAAUGGGUGGAAGGCCUCCUAUGCCCCAAAUGUCAAUGCCACCCCCUCCCCCACCACCUUCUGCAAGUUGAAUUAUCCCAACUACUGUUUUUCUUAGUUCACCAAAUGUAGUGCAUUUUUGUUUCUAGCGGUAAUAGAAGUGAUAAAUGUGGAUCGUACUCUAUUGAUGUAUUAAUAUCCGAAAAUUAGACUUCCAGUGGGAUAUCCUCUUCCUUGACUCCCAAA